AUGGAAGCUGAUAGGUUGUCAUGGUUAAGGAAAAAUCAAUCCAAGCUAAGAGUUGGUAAAUACAAGUCUUUGAGUGAGAACCAAAACAAAGAUCAACCAGAGUCAUCAAAACAAGGUAAAAGAGUUGUGUUACCUUCGAGCUAUACCGGUGGUCGAAGGUACAUGGAUCAACUUUACUUUGAUGCUAUGGCGAUAUCGAGUGCGGUUGGAUUUCCAGAUCUGUUCAUAACUUUUACUUGCAAUCCAAACUGGCCAGAAAUUCAAAGAUAUGUAACAUCAAAAGGUCUUAAACCACAUGAUAGACCUGAUAUUAUAGCAAGAGUGUUCAAAAUCAAGUUUGAUCAACUACUUAAAGAUUUGACGAAAAAACACCUCCUUGGAAAGGUCAUUGCAUACAUGUACACUAUUGAAUUUCAGAAGAGAGGUCUCCCACAUGCACACCUUAUUUUCUUGCACCCGUCAAACAAAUAUCCUACCCCAGAAGACAUAAACAAGAUUAUUUCAGCUGAAAUACCAAGUCCAAAUAACAAUCCACAAUUGUACACAUUGGUGGGCAAUCACAUGAUGCAUGGUCCGUGUGGAUUAGCAAAUAAAAAAUCCCCUUGCAUGAAUAAUAAAGACCGUUGUACUAAAUUCUAUCCAAAGAAAUUUCAGGAAUCAAGUAUUGUUGAUCAUGAGGGUUAUCCUGUCUAUAGAAGAAGGGAUAAUGGCAGUCAUAUUUUAAAGAAUGGAAUUGCAUUGGACAAUCGGUCAGUUGUUCCAUAUAAUUCGCAUUUGUUAAUGAAGUAUGAAGCUCAUAUAAACAUGGAGUGGUGCAACCAAUCCAGCUCAAUCAAGUAUCUCUUUAAAUACAUUAACAAAGGGUAUGAUCGAAUAACUGCAGCUGUUGUGUCUGAUGGUUCAACAAGUAGAAGUCCAGAUAACAGUCAGGAUGAAAUCAAGAAGUACCUUGAUUAUGAUGUGAUGCUGAGACCUUCGGUUACAGAGUCGAUGUUUACAUCAUGGCUGCAGUGCAAUGCUAAGUACGCUGAAGCUAAGACACUUUCAUAUGCCAAAUUUGUGUUUAAAUUUGUAUAUGUCAAAGUUAAACGUACUUGGACACCAAGGAAAAGGGGUUUUGCAAUAGGAAGGUUGAUGUGGGUGCCACCAACCACAGGAGAAUUGUUCUACUUGAGACUGAUGUUAACCAAAGUCCAAGGACCAACCUCUUAUGAGGACAUCAGAACUAUUAACAAUGUUUGUUACGACACCUAUAGAGAGGCAUGUUUUGCAAGUGGAUUUUUGAUGGAUGACAAGGAAUACAUUGCUACUAUUAAAGAAGCAAGUGUUUGGGGUUUAAUGCUUACUGAAGAACAAAUUAAAAACUUAACAUUGACCGAGAUUGAAAGGCACAUGGAAACAAAUAGAAGGAGUUUGAAGGAUUACAAAGGAUUUCCAUAUCCUGAAGGAUACAUUGUUGAACAACUUGGAAACCGACUGAUUUAUGAUGAAUUAAAUUACAAUGUCAACGAGUUGGAUGCAGAAUUUCAACAACUCUUUGCUACAUUAACAGAUGAACAACGCAACAUCUACCAUAAAAUAAUGUCAUCUGUUAGUAAAGAGAAAGGCGGUGUGUAUUUUUUACACUGUUAUGGUGGUACUGGUAAAACAUUUAUGUGGCGAACUUUGGCGGCAAGGAUAAGGAGCCGUGGUAAGAUUGUUUUGACAGUUGCUACAAGUGGUAUAUCAUCUCUUUUGCUACUAGGAGGAAGGACAACACAUUCUAAGUUCAAGAUACCUGUACCUGCCUUUGAGAACUCCAGCUGUAAUAUAGAUGGUACAAGUGAACUUGCACAACUUUUAAAGAUGACCAAAUUGAUCAUAUGGGACGAGGCUCCCAUGGCUCAUAGGUUUUGCUUUGAAGCUCUAGAUAGAACUCUCAGAGACAUUAUGUCCUCAGAUAAAAUUUUUGGUGGAAAAGUUGUGGUAUUUGGAGGUGACUGCCGACAAAUAUUACCGAAUGCAAUGUCAUCAGAUAAUCAGGAAUUGAAAAACUUCUCUAAUUGGCUCUUGAAAGUUGGCGAAGGAAAGCUAUCCGAGCCAAAUGAUGGAAUUGCGGAAAUUGAUAUACCAACCGAGUUUUUAAUACAUGAUUUUGAUAAUCCAAUACAGGCUAUAUUCCAGAGUACAUAUCCAGAUUUCUUGAAUUACUACAAUGAUCCUCAAUACUUACAAUCAAGAGCAAUUCUGGCUUCAACAAUAGAAUGUGUUGAAGAAAUAAAUGACUACAUACUCUCAUUGAUUCCAGGAGAAGAACAAGAAUACUUAAGUUCUGAUGAGAUUGACAGAUCAGAGAUCAAUGAUGAAUGUCAAUCAUUUGAUAUCUUAACACCAGAAUUUUUAAAUUCCCUGAGAUGCUCAGGUCUUCCUAGUCAUAAACUUAAGUUGAAAGUAGGAACUCCUAUCAUGCUUAUGAGAAAUAUUGACCAAUCAAUGGGAUUAUGCAAUGGUACUAGACUUAUUAUUACUAGAAUGGCCAACCAUGUUCUUGAAGCGAAAAUCAUGUCAGGUACAAAUAUAGGAAGCAUGACUUACAUUCCAAGAAUGGAUAUGUCUCCUUCCCAAUCCCCAUGGCCAUUUAAGCUUACCAGAAGACAAUUUCCUAUUAUAGUUUCUUAUGCCAUGACUAUCAAUAAAUCUCAAGGUCAAUCACUAGACAGUGUAGGUUUAUAUCUUCCAACAUCCGUAUUUAGUCACGGUCAAUUGUAUGUUGCUAUGUCGAGGGUAAAGAGUAAGGUUGGAUUAAAGAUAUUAAUUCAUGACAAGGAAAAAAUCCCACUGUCAACUACCAUGAAUGUAGUCUACAAGGAAGUUUUUGAAAAUCUAUGAUGUAAGUUAACUCAUUCCUACAAUUUCGUUUAAAAUUUAUGAUGCACUGAUUUUAUCUACCUAUGAUCAUAAACUACACUUACUUAUCUUCUUCCUUUUUAAAUUUAGGUGCACAAGAGAUUAAUGGACUCACAUAGCAACAACGUAGAAGUUGACUUCAUUUCUUUUUUUGGUUGGACCUGAUAUAGGUGCAUAA